AUGAACGGAGUUUCAGCUCUGCUCUGGUUGCUGCUCAGUGAAACAGUAGCCCCCGUCCAGCAGCUUCGAUUUAUCCACGAGACCCUUGAAUCAGUACACAAGGAACAUUGCAUUUCCACGCUUCUCGUGAUGCAACGUCGUCACCAGAAACUUCCAGCCCCGGACCCACUGCAGCCAUUCUAUCCGCUCGCCUGGCCCACGCUUCGGUUAGACGAGGGCCAAAGGGUUGAGCUGGUGACUCGGUACAACAAGGUGGUGCUGGCCCUGCUGUACAUUGACGCCUACGAGGAUUUGCUGUUACUGGAUGCCCUGGCCGAGAUAUUCAAUCAGAUGAGAGAGGCAAGGAUUGUGGUUUGGCUACGAGCUCCGCUGUCGAAGCAGUUGCUCGCAGCGUUAUGUCAGAAGGCAGCUGAGCACAUGUUCCUCCAACUUCUGGUACUGGAAGGAAGCUCCAGCGCGCAUCGCUUACAGACGUUUCUUCAUCCGUACUUUCAAUCGAUUCAGAAGACUUUCAGGGAGGGUAAACUCUUUCCCAUUUCUUGGUUCAACUUUCAGGGUAAGGAGGCCAAAAGUCUAUUAGACGAAGUGCCACCGCGAAGCUUCGUCUGGGAGGACCGUAUUGGUAGCAAGAGGUACAGUGGCCUUCUCUUCGCCUUGAUCCAGAGUUUCGCAACGAAACGCAACAUUAGCAUCAAGCUCGGAGAAGUCCAGUCUGGUGGAGGACACCUGUUUUGCCAAUCGGAUAUCAUCGGCAUGACACUUAGAGGGGAUCUCGACCUGCCGAUGACUGCCCAGAUGAUGAGCUUGAAACAUCUUCCCUGCGGAAAGGAGUUGUGCAUGGGGGACAUGUUUAAUAGCAUCGUUGUCGUGCAAGCAGCCUAUGUUCUACUGUGGGAGUACAUCCUCUUCACAGUGGUGGAGAGCCUCAUGGGAGCUAUAUACAAUCGCCUGGCCCAUAGGCGCUGCGACUUCAGAUGCUUGAGUCUGCUCAUCAAUCAGCGAGUCUUUCGAAGUCUCCUGGAAUUGCCAGUGCCCUUCGUGCGCAAUCGGCUGCGCGACAGCAACCUGACCGUUUUCUUCAACGCCAUGAGUCUCAGGAUGAUCAGAGAUAAAGUGGAUCCCGAUUUCCUGAGCAGGCACCUGCCCAAUGUCCGAGUCAUUCAAGGCAAAACACAAAUGGAGCUGAUCUCCAGCCUGAACACAAGCUACGCCUAUCAGAGACGUCCCGACCGCUUUCGUCCUGCAGAGGAACCCCCUCUUUGGAAUGGCAUUGGCACACUUCGUGGACUGGACAUGGUCUGUCGGGAUGAUGGACCACUGGUACAAGCAAGCGAUUCGCGAUCUGAUGUCAAUGAGCAAUGUCCAGAGUCGCCGAGUUCCACCGAAGGUCGAACGAAGCCCAAUGCAACUUGGAAAUUUCUACACGGUGUGGACUGUGCUCGCUGUGGGCUAUGUUGCAGCAGUUUGCGCUCUCAUCGGAGAGUGGAUUGUGGCUCGAAUCGGGGGCUCGACUAUAACAGGGAUUCUUAG